CCCUGGACCCACGGCUAGACACCUCCUUAGGAACUAGCUCCCUACCGGCUUCCUACCAACGCAAGGCCCUGGUGGCCCUCAAGAACGCGGGGUUGGCGGACUCGUGGCGAGUGGCUCACCCACUGAGGAGGGACUACUCCUACUACUCUACGGUCCACAGUCGCUACAGUCGGUUGGACUAUAUCUUCCUCCCCAUUGAAUACCUCUCGCUCUUGCACUCCAGUGGGAUCCACACGGCAACCUGGUCGGACCACGCUCCGGUCUGGACUAAGAUCGCCUCCCCGCUGUACAGGCCACGGGAGAAGCAGUGGCGGUUCAAUGAGCAGGUCUUGGAGGAAUUGGAGGCGACAGUGGAGAUGGGUGACGCACUGCAGAAGUACUUUGAGGAGAACACCACCCCAGACGUGGAACCACCGAUGAUAUGGGAGGCUCAUAAAUGUAUGAUCCGCGGCCAUCUCAUACGUUAUUGUACCCAACGGAAGAAGGCCCAAAGGCAAGCAGUCACGGACCUGGCACAACAAGUGGCAACCCUCGAAACCCUACAUAAGUCUACCCUCUCAGAGGAUACCUACAGAGAACUCCUGGAGGCGCGGAGAAACCUCAAGCAAUUGCUCUCGCAGGGCCUUCUCCGAACCAUUCGCAGAUCCCGACGACACUUCUAUGAAUACUCGGACAAAUGCGGGAGGCUCCUGGCCAGGCGCCUGCAAAGGGAACGGAGACUCACACACAUAACCAAGAUCCGGGACCAGACUGGCGUGCUCACUCAACGCCCAGACGGAAUAGCGACGGCCUUCCACCACUUCUACACGGACUUAUAUAACAUCCCAGAAACGCGAG